AUGACUAAAACAGCGCAAGAAUUUAUACAAAACUCAUUCUCUCCAAUAAUUGCUACGUUAUGCAGUCCGAAAGUGGAUAAUAUAGUAUGUAAAAAUAAUUUAACAUUGCCGGAGUUGCUACAGCCUUUUACGAAACUAGACUGGGAAGGUCAAAUUCGGGAACCUGGAGGAAAUUUUUGUACAAUAAGAAAUUUAAAUUUAGUCAUUAGAGAUGUGCUUUGGAAGCCUCUUCAGCCAACUGAGGCUCGAAGACAACUUAACAAUGCAGUUUUACAUAAUUAUGAUGACAAAACUGUUAUGAUGAAAAUAGAUACAGAAAUAUUUGAUGUACCUCAAGCAACACCAUGGUUUGAUGCAUGGAGAGAAACAUAUUUGGAAGUGCAAUUCCCCUCUGAUCAUGAAUUUACAAAACAUUUCCUGGCUUGUAUAAUAGUCGCAACCACUCUGGAAGAUGACAUAGUUGAAACAUACAACACUCUUAACCAACAAUAUGCACAACUUCAAAAUGUCACCCCUCCCAAACUACCAAAGUGGUUUAACAGUUCAGUUUUGAAGUCUUAUCUCUUAUUACAUGAUGUUUCUGCAAUACCCAAAGAGAAAGCUGAUAAAAUGUUUGAAACAAUGAAACAAACAUUUGGUGCUCCAAACUGUUUUAUGUUAGCAAUAAAUUCCAAGACUUCUAUGGAACCUAAGUUAGCAACAGACUAUUGGACAAAUUAUCUUAAACAAUCAUCAGAGAGUAGUGUUGAAACAGUUUCACUUUCAAGCUCUUCUAGUAUACAUGAUGCUCAACUUACAUCUCAACCAGGACAUGCUAGUUUAUUAGAUGAUAGACAAAUUGCUUUAACAUCAUCAACUAAUGUGGAUGGGGUCCAUCCUUUGACAAAUGCUGAAUCAGACACAUAUGACAAUGCAAAUAGUUUACAGCCAUAUUCAUUCUCUGGUAGUUCGGAGAGUGUAAAUGUUGCUGGAAGACAAUUAGAGAGACAGAGUGAGAUUCAUGGAGCAGCAUUAAAUGCUAAUGACAUUGAGUCAAUGAAAUCGUUCUUAAAAGACUAUGUAUCUAAAGCAUUUGUUCCAUAUUUAGAAAAGCUUAUAGCACAACUUAAUGAAGUGGUAGCAAAUAAAAAAGGCGUCAGUAGAUCUUUGUUGUCCGCAACAAAGCGUUGGUUUACUGCUGGAAAAUCUGGGACAACAACUAUGAAUAAUACAGUCAUUUAUUCGAGCGACUGUCCAGAACUACAGCUUCGUCGUCUUGGGGACGUGUGGUUCAUGUGUGGUCAAUGGUCCCGGGCUUUCGAUAGUUACCACGCGGCGAAGCGUGAGUUCUACGCGGAUAGCGCGUGGCUCUGCUAUGCAGGGGCUCUUGAAAUGGCGGCUGUUAGUGCCUUCAUGGCCGGCGAUGCGAACCGCAAGACCUUCGGCUAUAUGGAGGAAAGCAUUGUCACAUAUCUCAAUACGUGCAGAAUGGUACAAUAUGCAGUUAGAGCUACUCUCCUCUCCGUGCCGUGUCUCAUCAGCGCCGGGUUCUACGGCGAGGCCGCUAAGCAACUUAUCCGAAUGACUUCAGAAGACAGCGAUUUACGGAGUGCUAUGCUUCUAGAACAGGCGGCACUCUGUUUCUUAAAAGGGCCCUCAACCAAAAUUAUGUCGAGAAAAUACGCCUUCCACAUGGUUUUAGCCGGACACAGGUUCUCCAAAGCCGGACAGAAAAAACACGCGUACCGCUGCUACAAGCGGGCGUAUCAGGUGUAUGAAGAUAGUGGGUGGCGCCUGUCAACGGACCACGUUCAGUUCGCCCUCGGUCGUCUCGCUGGUGCGUUGAGGGUCAAGGAAGCUGUGUCGUGGCUCGCGGCUCCUCUCGCACCUCACUCACCACAACCGGCCGCCAUGCAGGACGCCUUCCUUCGAGAGUUCAUGUUGGCACAUCAGCAAUUCGUUGAAACUUUAGAGGAGUUUAAAGAACACCUUCCAGUUUUGCCAGUACCGUUGUUAUCGGUAGAGGACACUGCGGUGUUGUGUGUUGGUCCUAUGCCUUUAUCGUCUCCGGGACGUAUCGCUGCUUCUUCACUAUCUUUGCCCCCGCAGAGGAAUUCCACUAAAGAUUACCCAUUCUGGCACAAAUUGGAGGAAAAUCUGCUUCAAGUGGCACAAGGCAGCGUCCCAAUGAUAUUUAAGCCAAGUAUAGAUUUAUAUACGCAGAAAACAGAUAGCAAUCCUAUUGUACCCAAAGGAGAACCAAUUCAGAUUGCCAUAACUUUAUAUAAUCCAUUAAAAAUUCCCAUACUCUUGAAGGAUUUGGAAUUGUUGUGGCAGUUUACUUUGGAUGCGGAUAAUACAGAGAUUUCUAGCGAUGAGAUCUUAAACAACGAGCCGUUAAUAGCGUCGGGACAAAUUAAAGAGAGUAAUGUUAUACGUGGACAGAAUUUGAAAUCGUUCUUACUGGAAGGGGAAUGUAAAAAGACGCUAAAUUUAACGGUCACCCCCUUACAGACUGGACAACUGUCCAUACAAGGAUUAGCGUUCAAUUUGAUAAACGUCGGAGAGGGAAAGAAUAAUGAAAAUGGCGUAUCAGUGUUGGGUAAAGUAAACUUACAGAAUGGUGCUAAUUGUUCUGAUAAAUUGUUACUAAUAACAGUUAUACAACAUGCUCCGUGUCUUCAGAUGACACUAUCAGAAACUGUGAGUGAAGUAAUAAGUGGAGAAAUAUUAACAGUGGACGUGGACUUCUGUAACGUUGGUCCCGUAGCAUUGAACAAUCUGUAUUUAGCAGUCUCGCACCCGGAGUGUAUGAGUGUGGUGGGCUCUAGUGAUAGUGAAGACGACUUUGGCGUUCUCUAUGACGAAAAAUAUAGACCGCCCCCCGACUUUACAGACGAGAGAGCAGCUCGCGCGGCAGCUCGUGCCAUGUCGGCUGCUCGUCGUGUGACGUCAGUAGCGCCGCAGUGCUCGGCGGGAGCGCACGUGCGGACCACGCUGCUGCUGCGGCCACACGCUCGCGCCUCUGACUUAUACUUACUCGCCUACUACGAGACCGGCCAACGAGCUCGCCCGCACCGCCUCCUUAGACAUGUCUUCCGUUUUAAACCCAUUGAAACAGUCGAGAUUUCGGUGACUCCUCGCAGAGGUUUGAGUACAGUUGACAAUAAAGUUAUAGAAAGUAUGCACCUUUCCAUCGAACUGAAAAAUGUUUGUAACGAGAAGGAAGAUGACAUAACGCUGGAAGUUCUAGAAGCUUCUCUAUUGAGCAGACAGUGGAGGUUGGCGGACAGCAGACACUCGUCCGAAACAGACAACUGUUUGAUAUCACGUGAAAGAAUUCAUUUCAUUUUGAAGAGUACGCGAAUAUUUGAAGAAUUACCAGAUGGUCGCGUCGAGUAUUCCUGUCUUAAAUUCGCUGAACAUCAUCCAGAAACCAAAGAUGAUAUAAAUAAGCCACCCUAUUCUAAAUUUGUAACUGACUACAUGUCUCCAUUACUAGAAAAUUUGGAAUCUAUUCAAAGUCCAACGAAUACUUCUGGCUUGAUUCAAUCCAUGUUGGUGUUGAGAUGGAAAGCGAACAAUAGAAAGACUAAUCGCAGAGUCGUCGGCCAACACUGCCUCUGGAUGGAUUGCUUUACUAAAACAUUAUCGAGGGAAAGAGAAAAAUUACCCGUUGAAGUGACAAGCGGAGUACAACUCGACGAAUUAGACAGCGCCACCGAUAUAACAGAUACGAAAAGCAAAAAUGAUAAUAACGAUCUCGUCAUCAUUAAAGUUGAACAUUCCAAUUAUAUUAAUCAUAAUUUUAAAGCAAAUAAGCUAUGCAUGAUACCCGUAGUAUUGAACAUAGUCAACUGUCAAGGAUCACCGGUAACAGUUUUUAUUGAUAUGCAUAAACAACAGAACAGGGAUUCUUCGGGAGAAAUUGGAUGGGCCGGUGCUCUUAAUAACGGCUUAGAUGCGGAUUCCAAGGAAUUAGGUGUGAAUGUGACAUUGGAUAAGUUCGAGUCGAGAAGAGUUCAGGUCCGAGCGUUGUGCGCCGCUCCAGGAACAUAUCUGGUGGGCGGUGCAUUCCACGUCACUACCAAACAGGACCAAAUCCUCAACUCGUACUUCCCUAACACAACUUCACUUUUGGUCGUCAAACAGAUUAGCUUCAUUUUAAGAAAUUUCAAUUGUUCGUUAAAAUACACAUCAAGAAUAAUUAGUUUCUUGACGUCGAAAAUAUUUUUAUUCACAGUAUCAUUACUCAAGACAUAUGCGAUUUCCGGUAAGAGUGUCGUCGAAAAGACCUUAGGUUGGCAAAGAUAUAAUACGAUGGCAGUACCUAGUAGAGCUCGGGUAUAUGCCGAUGUAAACUCACAAAAACCAAGUGAAUACUGGGACUAUGAGAGCUAUGUGGUGAAUUGGGGUAACCAGGAAGAUUAUCAGUUAGUACGAAAGCUUGGGCGCGGAAAAUACAGUGAAGUAUUUGAGGCAAUAAAUGUCACAAAUAACGAGAAAUGCGUAGUUAAAAUAUUGAAGCCUGUCAAAAAGAAGAAGAUUAAAAGAGAAAUAAAAAUAUUAGAGAACUUAAGAGGGGGCACAAACUUAAUAACAUUAGAGGCUGUUGUUAAAGAUCCUGUAUCUCGUACUCCAGCCCUAAUAUUUGAACAUGUGAACAAUACUGAUUUUAAACAGCUGUAUCAAACAUUGUCAGAUUAUGAUAUAAGGUAUUAUUUGUAUGAACUUUUGAAGGCUUUAGAUUAUUGCCACAGUAUGGGUAUUAUGCAUAGAGAUGUGAAGCCCCAUAAUGUUAUGAUUGAUCAUGAUAAUAGAAAGCUGCGUCUCAUAGACUGGGGGUUAGCCGAGUUCUACCACCCGGGUCAAGAGUAUAAUGUUCGUGUGGCAUCUAGAUACUUUAAGGGUCCAGAGCUCUUGGUGGAUUAUCAAAUGUAUGACUACUCCUUGGAUAUGUGGUCACUAGGUUGUAUGUUGGCAUCUAUGAUCUUUCGUAAAGAACCAUUCUUCCAUGGUCAUGAUAAUUACGACCAGCUUGUACGCAUUGCCAAAGUGCUGGGCACUGAAGAGCUUUUUGAAUACUUGGACAAAUAUCAUAUAGAAUUGGAUCCACGGUUUCAUGAUAUUCUUGGAAGACAUUCUCGUAAACGGUGGGAAAGGUUUGUACACUCGGAGAAUCAGCAUUUGGUGUCCCCUGAAGCUCUAGAUUUUCUGGAUCGUCUGUUACGCUAUGAUCACUAUGAACGUCAUACAGCCCGUGAAGCAAUGGAUCAUCCCUACUUUUAUCCAAUUGUGAAAGUGCAAGGCCUGAUGGUGUCUUCUAAUUCUCCUAGUCCCAAUGCAUUGCAAGGACCAAUAAAUGCAGCAGAAUAA